UGUGUCUCAGCAAGUACUCAAAAGCCUUUUUCUCUCUCUUCCUCUGGCUAUUGGCUAUGGCUUCUUCUUCUUCAUCUUCUUCUUCUUCAUUCUCUCUGUGAUCGUUUUCGGAACCCUAAUUCAGCCGCCACGAUCACCGCACGCACAGAUUCUACAAACCUACGUCUCCAUCCAGAAGCCUCUCAGCCUUGCACAUUCCGCUCCCUUGCGUUUAUUUGCGAUUUUCAUUGUUCGCCGAAAGACUUUUUCGGGGUUUUAGGUGGAUUUCGCGUGCCAGUCUCUGAUCGGGGUUGCGAGUGGCAGAAGUAUCGUUUUUGUGGUCUUCGUCGGAAUUUGCUGGAGGAUGGGAUUUGAAGGAUGAACGAUGCCGGUGCUGCGUAGUGGAGCGCGCAGGGGCCGGGCAGCAGCGAAGCAAGAACAGCGGCACCAGCAGGAGCAGAGUCCGGUGGUGGAGGGGGAGGCGAUUGCGACGAGGACGCGCCGGAGGCGUGCGGCGGCGGCGGCAGCGGCAGUGCCAGUGCCCGUGCCCCUGCCUAAGAGUAACAAUAACAAUAACAAGCAGCAACAACCGCACCAGGUGGUGGUGGUAAAUGAGAACGUAGUUGUUGCGGCCAAGGAAGAAGAAGAGAAUCGGGUAUUGGAGGGUGGUGGAGCGGAGAAGGAAGAGGUAGCGGAGAAAGUGAUGGAUGGGCAUGCCAGUGGUGGCCGGAGCAAUGAUAAGGCCAAUGCAGGUGAAGAUGACCCGAAUACGCCUCAGAUUCCUCAGAAGAUUCAAGUAGGUAACUCCCCUUGGUAUAAAGUAGAAAGAAAACUUGGCAAGGGAGGAUUUGGUCAAGUAUAUGUUGGACGACGUACAACAGGUGGAAAUUUGAAUGAGAGAACUGGACCUGGAGCUGUAGAGGUUGCAUUAAAACUUGAGCACAGAACUAGUAAAGGAUGUACCUACGGACCACCCUACGAGUGGCAAGUGUACAACACUCUCGGUGGCAGUCAUGGUGUGCCUCAAGUACACUACAAGGGCCGACAGGGUGACUAUUAUGUCAUGGUUAUGGAUAUGCUGGGACCUAGCCUGUGGGAUGUUUGGAAUAAUAACUCUCACACCAUGUCCACUGAAAUGGUUGCUUGUAUUGCCAUUGAAGCAAUCUCUAUUUUGGAGAAAAUGCACUCUCGAGGGUAUGUGCAUGGGGAUGUAAAGCCCGAAAAUUUUCUGCUCGGUGCUCCUAGCACACCUGACGAGAAAAGAUUGUUCCUUGUAGAUCUUGGAUUAGCUACAAAGUGGAGGGACAGUACAACAGGCUUGCAUGUGGAAUAUGACCAAAGGCCAGAUGUUUUCAGAGGCACGGUCCGCUAUGCUAGUGUGCAUGCACAUUUAGGAAGAACUGGAAGCAGGAGGGAUGACUUGGAAUCUCUUGCAUAUACACUGAUUUUUCUUCUCCGAGGUCGCCUUCCCUGGCAGGGGUUCCAGGGAGAAAACAAAGGAUUUCUGGUUUGCAAGAAGAAGAUGGGAACAUCUCCAGAGAGCCUAUGUUGCUUUUGUCCCCUACCUUUUAAACAGUUUGUUGAACAUGUUGUGAACUUAAAGUUUGAUGAAGAGCCUAACUAUGCAAAAUACAUUUCUCUAUUUGAUGGGAUUGUUGGUCCAAACCCAGAUAUUAGGCCAAUUAAUACCGAGGGUGCACAAAAGCUUAUUGGUCAUAAGAGAGGCCGGUUGGUGAUGGAAGAAGAGGACGAUGAACAACCCAAAAAGAAGAUUCGUAUUGGAUUGCCAGCAUCCCAGUGGAUAAGUGUUUACAAUGCUCGUAGACCAAUGAAACAAAGAUAUCACUACAAUGUAUCAGAUGGAAGGCUAUCCCAGCACAUUGAGAAAGGAAAUGAGGAUGGUUUAUAUAUUAGCAGUGUUGCUUCGUGUCAGAAUGUAUGGGCCUUAAUCAUGGAUGCAGGGACAGGUUUCACUGCCCAAGUUUAUGAACUCUCACCACUUUUUCUCCAUAAGGAAUGGAUCAUGGAGCACUGGGAAAAAAAUUAUUAUAUAAGCGCAAUUGCUGGAGCUGCAAAUGGGAGCUCGCUAGUAGUAAUGUCUAAGGGCACACAGUAUAUGCAACAAUCAUACAAAGUUAGUGAUUCAUUUCCUUUCAAGUGGAUUAACAAAAAGUGGAGGGAGGGCUUUUAUGUGACUGCAAUGGCCACAUCAGGGACGAGAUGGGGAGUCGUUAUGUCUCGUGGUGCAGGAUUUUCAGACCAGGUGGUCGAACUAGAUUUUCUCUAUCCCAGUGAAGGGAUUCAUAAGCGAUGGGAUUGCGGGUAUCGAAUCACUGCUACUGCUGCAACUCUGGACCAAGCUGCUUUCGUCCUGAGUGUGCCAAGGAGGAAACCCUUGGAUGAAACUCAGGAAACACUUAGAACAUCUGCUUUUCCUAGCACACACGUAAAGGAGAAGUGGGCAAAGAACCUCUACAUUGCUUCUAUUUGCUACGGACGUACAGUUUCUUGACCCUGCAAACGUGGCUGCUGUGAAGCACAAUCCGCUGAAUAUUUCAAGUGGUCCAGGCCCCAAGAAAUUUUGAUGACUAAAGUUUUAAUUAUUUGUAUGUAGCAGUAUCAAUGUCUCCAGUGAAACUAAAAUAACCGAAUUCGUGUGGAAUUUUUUUAUGUCAAUGAUUAGUUAAGGUUAUGCAGACGGACGAGGCUCUAAAUUUUUUCAA